CCGCGAAAACACCCGGCUACUGAUUCGAUUCCGUGCACGGACCAGCCUAUUUUUAAAGUCCCUUGUUUUUAUUGCCCGGGACGAAUAUUCCCAGUUUUCGUAUUGUAAAAUUAUUGGUGGUAUUGUGUAUAACUGGUAAACCGUUGUAUAAAAUAUUUCAACAGUCGAUUUCGUCGUUCGUGAAUUAAUAUCGCGGUGUUGGAGAGCAAAUUGAUAUCGCAGCGCGUGAUCGGGGGCCGCCUUGAGACGGCCGGGGGAGGAACAAAAGCUGUAGUGAACAGCAGAUUCUUCAUUCGGCUUGUAGGUACGUGGCGUUGGACCGUGCGCCUGGACUGCGUAGCUAACAUUAACACCAUAAACAGGCGCACAGAGCAGCCGGAGCCACCGCUAGAUGGGGGAUCUCGAUCUCGGACUACAACUGAACACAACAAGUAAUCACUCCCGGGCCCUGUCACCUCUGGAACUAUACCCGGACGCGAGUACUGCCUCUUUGUUUUCACCGCUGUCUCCGAGCCCUGCCCAGACCAUGCAAGAUGAUUUGCUGGCAGAAAAAUCGGCUGCUAAGCAGCCAACGCCACAACAGCUCUCGCCGAAUUCCGAACAAGCUACAGACAACCUGGAGGAUCAGCUUUCUCCGGGGAGAAAGUCCCGAUCGCCGGAUCCGAGCCCUGUGAGUAAGGAGAAUGCGGUGAACAAGCAGCAGAACCACCAGCAACAUCAGCCGCCGCCGCUACAGACACAGACCAUCGAGUCGCCUCUGCAGCUCGGCUGGCAGGACCCGACCGUCACCUCACCAACCAACUUCUGGUCCUCAGCCGCAGCAGAGGACGGUUUUCAUGCAGGGUAUUCCAACCUUGAACGGUACCAUUCACUUCCAAAAUUUCCCCGGCCCGGCCCCUGGUCCGAGCCCGUUGUUCGGGGGAAGUCAGCUCGCACCUCAGAUAACCUUGCCGGCUGGGAGUGCUCCUGGCCAGCAACGUCGAUCACCCAGUCAACAAGCUCAUGGUUUCCCUCGUCAAACCCAACCAACAUGUUUUGCAGAAUAAAUCUGGUUCAUUUUCAGUCUGGAAUAGCCCACAGCCGGCUAGUAUGUGGAGCUCCACACCGGCUCAGAGCUUCAACCCAUGGGGAACCUCGGGGCAGCAGCGACGGUCUAUGGCCGCUACGGGCACCCCCGGGCCCAUUGCCCCGAUCAAGAAGCAGCAGCAAGCGCCCAACGUCUUUGCCAAGACUUAUCGACGCUCGGCUUCCUUGCCAGCUAAAGGGCCCUUCCCUCAAGGUACAGCUCCCUUCGACUUCACGGGAGACGACAUUUUUCGUACGGACAUGUACGGAGUACAGGCAUGGCAACAGGAACGUCAGCAGAGCGGACUGGACAACAUGCGCUUCAUGGAGCACCAACUGCUGGACAUCAUCCGUAACCCUGUGGACCCGGCUGAACACUACAAAGUAAACAAUGUUGCACAGAUGACGGAGGGAUGGAUACCACGAGGCCAGGGUGAGUGGAGAGCUCGGACAUAUGGGCGCAGACGAGAUAAUUACGAUGGUCACUGCAGUGAUCAGAUUGUCCCGAGCGUGAACUCACCGUCACGAGGCUCGCCGCACAGCUCAGGGGGAUCGGACAGCGGGGAACGUUUCUCUCGCAAGGUGUUUGUGGGCGGACUGCCACCUGACAUAGACGAAGAGGAGAUAACAGCAAGUUUUCGCCGGUUUGGGCCGCUGGUGGUGGACUGGCCGCACAAAGCUGAGAGCAAGUCCUACUUCCCUCCCAAAGGGUAUGCAUUCCUGCUGUUCCAAGAUGAGCGUUCCGUCCAGGCCCUGAUCGACGCCUGCAUCAAGGAGGACGACAAGCUGUACUACUGUGUGUCCAGCCCCACCAUGAAGGACAAGCCAGUACAGAUUCGACCGUGGAAUCUUGCUGACAGUGACUUUGUCAUGGAUGGGUCACAACCGCUGGACCCGCGCAAGACAAUCUUUGUAGGGGGAGUCCCCAGACCUUUGCGUGCUGUGGAACUGGCCAUGAUCAUGGACCGUCUGUACGGCGGUGUCUGCUACGCCGGGAUCGACACCGACCCCGAGCUCAAGUACCCGAAGGGCGCCGGGCGGGUGGCGUUCUCCAACCAACAGAGCUACAUCGCCGCCAUCUCCGCCCGCUUCGUGCAACUUCAGCACGGAGACAUCGACAAGAGGGUAGGAAGAAAACUGGUUGAGGUGAAACCGUACGUGCUGGAUGACCAGAUGUGCGACGAGUGUCAGGGUGCACGUUGCGGCGGCAAGUUUGCACCGUUCUUCUGUGCCAAUGUGACCUGCCUGCAGUACUACUGCGAACACUGCUGGGCCAACAUCCACUCCCGCGCUGGACGCGAGUUUCACAAGCCGCUGGUGAAGGAGGGCGCCGACCGUCCGCGCGCCGUCCCCUUCCGCUGGUGUUGAUGGAAGCAGUUGGCAAUGCUGUUGGCCUGUGCACGACACACAUGUACACACACACACACACACACACACAUGUACACACACACACACGCAUGUACACACACACAUGUACACACAUACACACACACGUGUACACACGCAUACUUGUACCCCCACACUCCACACAUUCAUACUACCAUCCCUAACUUCACACACACACACAUCUUCAAACAGGAAUUCACCAGUGACUCCUGUAACAGGGAAACUACCCUUAUAACCUAGAGUACCUCCAGUCUACACUCCCACAGUGAGUGGGCUUCAUCUUGCCUAAAGGCUACAUAUGUGUGUUUUCUUCACCUCCGUACAUGAGUACAUGUAUCAGUGUGCUGUCCACACGCUAACGUUGUCAGAAGUCUCGUGGUAGUUUCUAUGUCCUACCACAGGAAGUAUGGUCGUGUUUAUGUCAUGAAAAAUGCACAACUUUAGAGCAUGAAAUAUACAGAUCUUUUUCUAUUUUCACGUAUCAUUCACAUCCAUUCCUUUUUAUGGUAGGUGUUCAUCUCUUUGUCUUACACGUCUCAUUGUCUUGUGCAUGCACACACACACACAACACAACACAGGUACAACCAGUCACACACAUACACACACAUGCAUGCACACGCACACACACACACAGACACACACACACUCACAGCAUACUGUUCAGUCCUAUCCAUAGAAACCAAAGGAAUAUAAUGGUUGGACUGCCACAGAGAGAGACAGUAUAGGGUGGGUGCAAAAAGAAAAAAUGGACAGGAACAGGGAAUACACUACUCAUACUAACCAGGAUAUGUAGUUAACGUUCAGGCAUAAUAUAUUUAAUCUCCAAUAGAGGUCAUCAUGGUUACAUUACCAAAGAUUCAGCCUUUGUGAAACCAAUGCAGACUUAGAGCCAGCCUACGAAAGACCAGUAAGGCCGACUAGCUUACCAAGCAAGUUGAAGAAACACAACUCAUCAGUAAGGCUGUUAGUUACUUACCCAAAAAACAAAAUACCUCCGUAAGGCCCUGCGUACGCCUACGGUGACCGAACACAGCAUGGUUAUGUGGAAAUAUCUCAGUGGGUGGCUCUACUAUAAUAGUUGAUGUAUUGGCCUAUGAUAUUUAUCAAGAGCAUGGUUGCCACUCCUGUAGCCCAAAAAAGAAGAAGAAAAAAAAGCACAAGUAGAUUGAUAAAUGGAGCACUAUAUAGGACAAUACUACCUGUAGAAAACCAUGACUCCUGUGAUAUUGUGUGUAGCCAUGUCACCUAUGGAAGAAAAAGGUGAUCCAACAUUGUUCAGGGACAGGGAUAAUGUAGACAUUAGCUCCUCUACUACUAGGGUUCUUAGUAGAAUCUCUCCAAUCAACUAUCUCGUGCACAAAAGAUGUGCAAGUAAGUUUUUGCUGCUGCAUGCACAGAUCAGGGUUUGUUCUGAACUAGUGCUGAUUAAUUAAUAAUAACAGUAUCCAACUUGGUAAUUAGCUUGACUAAUUAGCAAGUAUGUACUCUGUGCAAUGUUUUUUUUUGUCUUCACAGUUAGGGUGCUUGCUCCGUAUGGUACUGUAGAUGCUCUUUCAAAGAACAAAAUGUAGGUAUAAUAUUGUAUGGAUACCUAGUAGGGAAUAUGAUAACGCAUCUACUCCAAUGUUGUUAGUAUAUAUAUAUAAAUAUAUACCUUCCAACCCCCGCUGGACUGCUUAUAUAGGGGUGAGGGAAUGGUGCGGUGAGUGUGACUUCACUUUGAAGUUCUCUCACUCAGGGAACCUGUUCCAAGUUGGAAAGGCACUGUGUUCAUGUCGGUGCAGACACACUCUCACCACGUGGGUUGCAAUGCCUCAGGAAAGAUGAGGUAACGCUAUAUUUUCUAGUAUCAAAAUCUAGAGGUUGUCACAUGUUCCUACAGUAUUUGAUGUUCUAGGGUGUCUAAUCUGCCUUUCACGGUUUGUAUACACUUUGCGGUAAAAAAAGAAAUAUUCUUUGAGGAAAGGUUCCGAUUUUUUAGCAGAUAGCACAUAUUCUUACAGCCUACUUUUUUACUGGUGACUGUGAAAACUUUUUAGGCAGGCUUUCCACCUAUGUACCAUUUGCAAUACCUCAAGACUUUCCAGAAUUAGAGCAAAUAGAUAUUUUGAAGUUUAUUCUUGAAAGUUAGGAAUGAGAGAAGAAGAUUAAUUUAAUUCUGCAGAUGAUUUAAGAGAUGAGGUAAUUUUAUUUUUCUUGUAUUGUUCUGCUUUUUUGCAUAUGAAAACUGGAAAGCUUUAAACUUUUUAUUAUAUAGCUAGUUAUUCAGAGUAAUAUAUCUUGAGGGAACUUUGUAAGAAAUGUUACAUUUUCUCAAGAUUUUAUAAUAUUCCAUUUUUGUAUUACAAAAUAGAUGGAUUUUGAUGAUCAGCACACUCAUGUUUGGGGUAUACAUUUUUGCAUGGUUUCUUGUAUUACUAUAUACCCAUGUGGUGCUAUUCAAGCAUAUCUGUGUAACCAGUUGUUGAACAUACUACAAGAUUUCACCAAUGUUGAUGUGAAGUGUUUUCUGCACACAUCACUAUAAUUGUGGUAUUGACUUUAAUGUGCAAUACAGAAGAACAAUGUUUGUGGAGACAGAUUUUCAAGUCUGUUUUGCUAAAGAUUUCCUGAGUUAUACACUUCUAUGUAUACCCCUGGAGCAAAUUUCUAGCAACAAUUGUAAUGGACAAUGUUUGAAAUAUCUCUGUUCUUCAUUAUAACUGCUAGAAGUAGAGAGAAGAAUUGAAAGGCUAUACAGAAUGUUUUGCUAUGUAGACUUUGUAGAUUUGAUGUUUCAUACUUUUUGGAAUGUAUAAUUAGUAUAUCAGAGGUUCUUAAAAAUUUAUUUUCACUUGUUGUAUGGAGAGAUACGUUUCGUAAUUUGUGAGCAUAUCUUUGACUUUGUGUCUAGUGAUGGAAUUGGGCUUGGAUGUUUCAAGUUUCUGGUGGUUGAUGAUCAUCUUGUGGAAGAUAAUUAACUUGCGGUGUUUGCUACUCAAAGAGUUUGCUGUUUGUUGCCAACCUUUAUAAUUUUGUUUUUAUGUAUAUGGGGAGUUCUUGUUUCUGUUAGUAUUUUUUCAAAUAAAUGCAGAAUAUUAAAGUUUCUAUGUUUUUCAAGAAAAAAAAUUCAAGUGUACAGUCAGAUGAGUCGGAGUAAUUUUGAUCCACAAUAUUUAUUCUCCUAGAGGAAUUUAUAGUUAAUUGAUAACACAAUUGUUGAUACCUUUUGCUGCUGAGUAUUUAUACAAUUGCAAUCUAUGAAAAUACCCUCCAAGAUUUCUGUAGCUCUGGAAGUGGUACAAUAAAGCACAAUCUAGACAA